AUGGAUGAGUUAAUAGCAUCAGAGUCGCAGUGUUAUGGCCCUUUUGGCAACAGAUAUUUGAAGAAAAAAACUGAUUCAUGUGGUGGUGUGAUCCAAGGCCUGAACGGAACGAUAGAAUCACCUGGUUUCCCCCACGGCUAUCCCAACUAUGCCAACUGUACGUGGCUGAUAAUAACAGGGGAGCGAAACAGGAUCCAGCUCACCUUCGUAACGCUGGCGCUCGAGGAAGACUUUGAUAUGGUCUCUGUAUAUGAUGGACAACCUUCGCCUGGGAACUUAAAAAUGAGGUUGUCAGGGUUCAUGCUGCCUUCUCCUAUAGUCAGCACUGGAUCUAUAUUGGCCUUAUGGUUUACCACUGAUUUCGCCGUCAGUGCUCAGGGCUUCAAAGCUGUCUACGAAGUCCUGCCCAGCCAUACAUGUGGCACCCCCGGACUCAUUCCAAAUGGAGUCAUCCAUGGUGCGCGGUACAACAUUGGGGACAAAAUCCGUUACAGCUGCGAGUCUGGUUUUGUCCUGGAGGGACAUAAUAUCCUGACAUGUAUCGUCUCACCGGGCAGUGGGGCACAGUGGGACUUCCCUUCACCAUUUUGUAGAGCGGAGGGGGCGUGCGGUGGCACGUUACGAGGCACCGCAGGUUCAAUCACCAGUCCCAGCUACCCCGCAGAGUAUGACAACAAUCUGGACUGCACGUGGUCUAUCCUUGCUGAGCCCGGGGAUACAAUAGCUCUUGUCUUCAACGACUUCUUAUUGGAAGACAAGUAUGAUUUCCUGGAAAUCAGCGGAACAGAGGCACCCAGCAUAUGGCUAACUGGUACCACCCUACCCUCACCAGUCAUUUCAAGUAAGAAUUGGCUGCGGAUACACUUCACCUCAGAUAGCAACCAUCGAAGGAAAGGAUUUAGUGCUCAGUACCAAGUGAAGAAAGCUAUAGAGUUGAAGUCCAGGGGAGUGAAGAUGAUGCCCAAUAAAGACUCCAGUCACAAAAAUGCAGUCUUGAGUCAAAGUGGCCUUGCUGGAGAUGUUUGUCCAGAUCCCGGAGUCCCGGAAAAUGGCAAGAGAAUGGGAUCUGCCUUCCACGUGGGCUCCAGCGUCCAGUUCAGUUGUGAUGACAGUUAUGUUCUUCAAGGUUCCAAAAGCAUCACCUGUCAGAGAGUGACGGACACAUUGGCUGCCUGGAGUGACCACAGGCCCAUCUGCCGAACUCGUACCUGUGGGAGCAACCUGCGGGGCCCCAGAGGGAUCAUAACAUCUCCUAAUUACCCAGUCCAGUAUGAGAACAAUGCCCACUGUGUCUGGGUUAUCACUGCACUGGACUCUGCAAAGGUUAUAAAGCUGUCAUUUGAAGAGUUUGAUUUGGAACGAGGAUAUGAUACACUCACAGUGGGCGAUGGAGGGAAGAUAGGAGAUACCAGACGGGUACUUUACGUACUCACAGGGUCCAGUGUACCUGACAUCAUUGUGAGCUUGUCCAAUCAAAUGUGGCUGCAUUUGCAGUCAGAUGACACAAUUGGUUCUGCUGGGUUCAAGGCAGUCUAUGAAGAGAUUGAACGGGGAGGCUGUGGUGACCCUGGCGUGCCAGCAUUUGGUCAUCGUAGCGGCGAGGGCUUUCAACAUGGGGAUGUGCUGACCUUCUUUUGCCAGUCUGCAUUUGAAUUAGUUGGCGAGAGGAGUAUUACAUGCCAGCAUAAUAACCAGUGGUCUGGUAAUAAACCCAGCUGCAUCUUCUCUUGUUUCUUCAACUUCACGGCCCCAUCAGGAACGGUGUUGUCCCCAAACUAUCCUGAGGAAUACGGGAACAACCUUAACUGUGUAUGGCUGAUCAUUUCUGAACCAGGGAGCCGCAUUCAUUUACUGUUCUCUGACUUUGACCUGGAGCCACAAUUUGAUUGGCUGGUGGUCAAAGAUGAAGGUUUAUCUGAGCCUACCACAUUUGGAACAUUUUCUGGAAAGGAUGUGCCAUCCCAAAUCGCCUCACACGGACACAUCAUGAGACUGGAAUUUCAGUCAGAUCACUCCAAUACCGGGAAAGGCUUCAACAUCAGCUAUACUACAUUUGGCCAGAAUGAAUGUCACGAUCCAGGCGUGCCUGUUAAUGGUCAACGGUACGGAGACCAGUUUCAGCUCGGCAGCUCUCUGGCUUUUCGUUGUGACCAAGGUUUCAUUAGGACACAGGGGUCAGAUCAGGUGACCUGCAUUAUUCAAGAUGGAAAUGUUGUUUGGUCUGCAGCUGUGCCUCGCUGCGAAGCUCCAUGUGGAGGCCAUCUCACUGCUUCUGCUGGAGUUCUUCUCUCUCCUGGUUGGCCUUCUUUCUACAAGGAUUCGCUUAAUUGCCAAUGGGUGAUUGAAUCACAAGCGGAUCACGCUGUAAAGAUACACUUUGACAGGUUCCAGACGGAAGUCAACUAUGACACACUGGAGAUCAGGGACGGCCCCUCAUCUUCCUCCCCCCUGAUCGGUGAAUACCACGGAACCCAGGCACCUCAUUUCCUGAUCUCCACAUCCAACUUCCUGUUCCUGUUGUUUACCACUGACAACAGUCGCUCUGCGGCGGGAUUCAGCAUCAGAUACGAAAGUGUGAAAAUGGAGUCAGACUCUUGUCUUGACCCUGGUAUUCCAGUCAAUGGGCGUCGCCAUGGCAGCAGCUUUUCCAUUGGAUCACGUGUAUCAUUUACAUGUGACCCAGGAUAUACUCUGAAUGAUCAAGAGCCUAUUGUUUGUGAGCAGAAUCAUCAGUGGAGUCAUGCUCUACCCAGUUGUGAUGCUCUGUGUGGAGGCUAUGUGUACGGGAAAAUGGGCACAAUUCUUUCACCGGGAUUUCCUGAUUUCUAUCCCAAUUCUUUGAACUGCACCUGGACGAUAGAAGUGUCUCAUGGUAAAGGAGUCCACCUGGUCUUCCAUACUUUCCAUUUAGAGGAGAACCAUGAUUACCUGUCCAUCACAGAGGAUGAGAACUUUCUGGUUCCUGUUGCCCGAUUAACUGGCUCCGUACUGCCCCCCAGUGUUAAAGCAGGGCUCUUUGGGAAUUUCAGCGCUCAGCUACGAUUUAUAUCAGAUUUCUCAAUGAGUUAUGAGGGAUUCAAUAUCACGUUCUCAGAAUACGACUUGGAGCCUUGUGAGGAUCCGGGAGUCCCAGCUUUUAGCAGACGCACAGGAUUUCGAUUUCAAGUCGGUGAUUCGCUAGCCUUUUCUUGUUUCCACGGUUACCGACUCGAGGGAGACAGCAAGAUCACCUGUCUUGGUGGAGGCAGGAGAGUGUGGAGCAACACUUUGCCCAGAUGUAUAGCCGAGUGUGGAGCCACCUCUUUGGGACCAGAAGGUGUUCUAGUAUCCCCGAACUUCCCUUCCAACUAUGACAACAACCAUGAAUGCAUCUACCGCAUCACCACCGAAAAGGGAAAAGGAAUCAGGCUGAAAGCUGAGAGCUUCUCUCUGCGAGAUGGAGACUAUCUGAGGGUGUAUGAUGGUGAGAACACUUCAUCUCGACUCCUUGGGAACUUUACCCGUGAAGUUAUGAUCGGUCAUAUCAUCAAUAGCACCUCCAAUCAUGUGUGGCUAGAAUUCAACAGCAACGCCUCGGGAACAAAUCAGGGUUUUCACCUCACAUACACAAGUUUUGACCUUGUACGGUGUGAAGAACCUGGUGUCCCUAGUUAUGGCUUCAAGAUCCAGGAUGAUGGCCAUUUUGCCAACACAUUUGUUCUUUACUCCUGCAACCCUGGCUACAGUCUCCAUGGCAGUAGUACACUGACCUGUCUAAGUGGGGACAGACGUGUCUGGGACAAACCUCUUCCAUCCUGUAUUGCGGAGUGUGGAGGUCACAUAACUGGAGCAGUGUCUGGACGAAUUCUUUCUCCGGGAUACCCUGCGCCAUAUGACAACAAUCUCCACUGUACCUGGACUAUAGAGGCUGAUACUGGGAAGACGAUCAGUCUUCACUUCAUCGUCUUUGACACUGAGAUCGGUCAUGACAUCCUUAGAGUUUGGGAUGGGCCAUCUGGCCCAUCGGAUGGAGGGAUCCUUUUGAAAGAAUGGUCAGGACCAGCCUUACCAGAGGAUAUCCAUUCAACUUUCAACAUACUUACGCUUCAGUUUGAUGCUGACUACUUUAUAAGCAAGCAAGGCUUCUCCAUUCAGUUUUCCACCACAACAGCGACCACCUGUAAUGACCCUGGCAUCCCAGUAAAUGGCUCUCGAUACGGUGACAGUAAGGAGCCCGGUGACAGUAUGACGUUCCAGUGUGACCCUGGUUAUCAGCUCCAAGGACCUGACACCAUCACUUGUGUCCGCAUGGAUAACAGAUUCUACUGGCAGCCUGACCCUCCAACGUGUAUGGCAACCUGUGGCGGUAAUGUCAGCGGUCCUUCUGGAGUGAUCCUGUCUCCUAACUACCCACAGCCUUACCCUCCAGGGAAAGAGUGUGAUUGGCGCAUCCGAGUCAACCCAGACUUUGUCAUUGCGCUUAUCUUCAAAAGUUUUAACAUGGAGCCCAGUUAUGACUUCCUACACAUUUACGAGGGUGAAGACUCUAAUGGGCCUCUCCUGGCAAGUCUCCAAGGCAACCAAGCUCCAGAGCGCAUCGAGAGCAGUGGUAACAGUCUCUUCCUGGCAUUCCGGUCAGACGCCUCACUGGGCAUGUCUGGCUUUGCCAUUGAAUUCAGAGAAAAACCAAGAGAGGCCUGUUUUGACCCUGGUAACAUCAUGAAUGCUAGUAGGACCGGCUAUGACUAUAAACUGGGAUCUCAGGUGUCCUAUAACUGUCACCAUGGCUACACAACAGUGGGCAGUGAAACAAUAACCUGCGUGAUGGGGCAUGAUGGGAAGCCGGUGUGGGACAAGGCUCUGCCGUCAUGUAAAGCUCCGUGUGGUGGACAUUAUGGUGGAUCUGAGGGAGUUGUUUUGUCUCCAAACUACCCUUUAAACUACACUAAGAGACAAAUUUGCUCCUACUACAUUACAGUGCCUCCACAAUUUGUUGUAUUUGGUCAGUUUGCCGUCUUCCAGACCGCGAUGAAUGACUCAGUGGAGCUAUUUGACGGAGCCAAUGAGAACUCGCGAUUGUUGAGUUCUCUCGCGGGAUCACAUUCAGGAGAGACGUUACCAUUGGCAACUUCCCAUCAGAUAAUGCUGCGGUUCAAUGCCAAAAGUGGCCAACCAGCUAAGGGCUUUCAUUUUGUCUACCAAGCUGUUCCACGAACAAGCGACAGUCAGUGUAGCUCAGUUCCAGAGCCUCGAUACGGCAGGCGGAUUGGGUCAGAAUUUUCGGCCGGAUCGGUGGUCCGUUUCGAGUGCAGUCCGGGAUAUCUGCUGAAGGGACCCAGUGCAAUCCGUUGCCAGGCUGUACCGGGUGCUCUGGCACAGUGGAAUUCAACGACGCCAAGUUGCAUUGUUCCCUGCAGUGGGAAUCUGACAGAGCGCCGCGGUACCAUUUUGUCUCCCGGCUUUCCGGAGCCAUACCCAAACAGUCUCAACUGUCUUUGGAGAAUCCAUGUCAGUGAAGGAGCUGGGAUACAGAUUCAAGUGGUGACAUUUGCAACUGAGCACAACUGGGAUUCUCUGGAGAUCUACGACGGGGGAGACAUGACGGCUCCUAAAUUAGGGUCAUUUUCUGGAACUACAGCUCCUGCCCUCCUCAACUCCACAUCCAAUCAGCUUCUCUUGCAUUUUCAGAGUGACAUUAGUGUUGUGGCUGCAGGCUUUCACCUUGAAUACAAAACGGUUGGUCUGACAACCUGUCCGGAGCCGAUGAUUCCAGCAAAUGGCAUAAAAACAGGAGACAGGUACAUGGUCAACGAGGUAGUGGCCUUUACCUGUGAACCUGGUUACACCUUACAGGGCCACUCACAUAUUUCCUGCAUGCCAGGGACUGUGCGCCGAUGGAACUACCCACCCCCUCUUUGUAUAGCUCGUUGUGGCGGAGUAUUAACUGAGGUUACUGGCGUGGUCCUGAGUCCGGGCUUUCCUGGCAACUACCCAGGCAACCUGGACUGCACCUGGCAAAUCAUCUUGCCAACAGGAUAUGGGGCCCAUAUUCAAUUCCAAAAUUUUUCCUCUGAAGAUAACCAUGAUUUCUUGGAGGUCAGAUCAGGACCACAGCACAGCUCGGCUCUUAUUGGACAGUUCACUGGUUCGCAAGUCCCACCCCCCCUUUUAAGUACCACCCACCAGACUAUCAUUCACUUCUACAGUGACCAUUCAGAGAACAGGAGGGGGUUCAAAAUUACUUAUCAAGCUUAUCAACUUCAGAACUGCCAGGAUCCAUCUUCUUUUACCAAUGGAGACAUCAUUAACAGUGACUACAGUGCUGGACGGUCAAUAACAUUCCUAUGUUAUCCUGGCUAUGUUUUGAUUGGACACCCUGUCCUGACCUGUCUGCAUGGGAUCAAUCGAAAGUGGAAUCACCCAUUUCCCCGCUGUGAAGCUCCCUGUGGCUACAAUAUCACAGCAGAAAAUGGGACCAUUUAUUCACCUCAGUACCCCAAUGAAUACCCCAAUUCCCAAGACUGUAGUUGGCUCAUCGCCGUUCCCCACGGACAUGGAGUUUACAUCAACUUCACCUUGUUGCAGACUGAGCCUGUCACUGAUUACAUUGCUGUAUGGGAUGGUCCAGAUGCAUCCAGUCCUCAGUUGGGAGUCUUCAGUGGUAACACAGCAUUAGAGUCGGCCUACAGUUCCAGCUCCACGGUUCUGAUCCGCUUUCACUCUGACUUUUCAACUGGUGGAUUCUUCAUACUCAACUUCCAUGCCUACCGUCUGAAGAAAUGUCCUCCUCCCCCUGUUGUGGAGAAUGCUGAGAUAAUCUAUGAAGAUGAAGAUUUCCUAAUAGGGGAUAUUGUGGCUUAUCGCUGUCUCCCUGGAUACACACUUGUUGGAAAAGCGGAGCUCAUGUGCACACUCAACUCCCAUUUACUUUUUCAGGCCCCACCGCCAACAUGUCAAGCCCAAUGUCCAGCCAAUGAGGAUAGGUCUUCAUCAUCAGGAGUCAUUUUGAGUCCAAUGUUCCCCAGCAACUAUCCAAACAGCCAGACCUGCUCUUGGCUACUGCGUAUUCUUACAGGUUACGUCAUCAAUAUCUACGUUGAGAUGUUCCACAGUGAAAAGCAAUUUGACGAGCUGGAAAUUUUCGACGGAUCGUCAGGACAGAGCCCUUUGCUUGUGGCUCUCAGUGGAAAUCAUUCAUCUCAGCUCAACUUCACCUCCAAAACCAAUCAGCUUUACCUUCGCUGGUCCACUGACCAUGCAACCAACAAGAAAGGAUUCAAGAUAAGAUACUCGGCUGCCUACUGUAGUAUUAAUGAUCCCCCAGAGAAUGGGGGAGUUGUCAACCGAACAAAACUCCAUCCAGGCAGUAGACUCCAGUUCUACUGUAAUCAUGGUUACCGCCUGGUUGGUUCUAUGAAUUCCACCUGCAGACUUCACCCCAAUGGGCUUUUCUAUUGGGACACACCUCCACCAUUCUGUCAAGCUAUCUCCUGUGGGAUCCCCCACUCACCAGGCAAUGGAAGCUUCUAUGCCUACCAUUACAAUGUGGGCAGUCAGGUGACCUACCACUGUAAUCAUGGUUAUCACCUUGACCCUAGUCUUCCCACCACAGCAGUGUGUUUGGAGGGUGGCAGCUGGAGUAAUUCGGCCUCACCCCCGAGGUGUCUGUCCAUCAGCUGUCCCAGCAUUGAGGGCGCCUUGUCAGAUCAUGUCACCUACCGUCUGCUCUCUGGUACACUGGGAGAGUUUAGUUCUAUGGCCAUGCUGGAAUGCUCCGCAGGGUACUCUUUCGGUGCAGGACAUCGGACACUGCGGUGUCUUGCCAAUGGGACUUGGGAAGGGUCUGAUGAUCCAGCUACAUGCAAGAUCUUGUCCUGUGGGGAUCUUCCUACUCCCCCGUUUGGCACAAAACUAGGAACACUGACCACAUUUGGUGCAACUGCCAUCUUUAUGUGUAACCACGGUUAUACAUUGGUGGGGUCCCAUGUCAGAGAAUGUGGUGCCAAUGGGCUUUGGAGUGGUACUGAGACUAGGUGUCUUGCUGGCCACUGUGACUCUCCAAAUCCUAUCGUCAAUGGACACAUUAGCGGUGAUGGUUCUAGUUACCGUGACACAGUGGUGUACCAGUGCAUGCUGGGAUAUCGCCUGAUUGGAACAUCAGUCAGAAUCUGCCAACAAGACCAUCGGUGGUCUGGAACAACACCUGUUUGUGUCCCCAUAACUUGUGGUCACCCCGGAAACCCAGCCAAUGGGAGAACAAACGCCAGUGAAUUCAACCUCAACGAUGUCGUCAACUUCACUUGUAAUAAAGGUUAUGUCCUGACUGGAAAUGCACGCGCUCAGUGUCGACUCAAUGGGCAGUGGAGCAGCCCCCUUCCUCUCUGCAAAGUGAUAAACUGUUCAGAUCCUGGGCACGUGGAGAAUGGUGUGCGGCAGUCUGGUCUACGUUACCCAGAAAUCUUCAGCUACGGUACAACAGUUGCCAUCCACUGUAAACGAGGCUUCUACCUGCUCGGGUCUGCGAUCCUCACCUGCUUACAUGAUGGACGCUGGGACAGACCAAUCCCUCGAUGUUUGGCUAUAUCCUGCGGUGACCCUGGUGUGCCCCCAAACAUGAUCGUGCCUGGGACCCACAGUUGGACGUAUGGCUCCGUGUUGCAGUACUCCUGUGUACCAGGAGGGACGCUGGUGGGCAACACUACUCGCCACUGUCAAGAGGACGGCACUUGGAGUGGGGCGCCACCCUACUGCACUGGUCUGAGUCCAGGGAUGUGUGGGGACACAGGGGUUCCUCCCCACGGUGCCCGUUUAGGAGGAGAAGAGUUUAAAACCAAGAGCCUGCUGCGUUUCAGCUGCGAGGCUGGAUACAAUCUGAUUGGCUCUGCUGAGAGGACGUGCCUCCACAACGGCACCUGGAGUGGAACGCAGCCCGUGUGUCAAGCUGUAUCGUGUGGGAACCCUGGCACUCCGGCCCAAGGCAGAAUCGUUUCCAGUGACGGAAUCACCUUUGGAUGCUCAGUGGCUUAUGCAUGCUGGGAAGGCUUCAAAACAUCGGGUCUGACCACCAGACACUGCACAACUAAUGGAACAUGGACAGGACAACCGCCGGACUGCACUGUGAUCAGUUGUGGAGACCCAGGAUCGAUAGCCAAUGGUGUGUACUUAGGACGAGAGUUCACCUUCAACCACACGGUGGUAUAUCGUUGUAAUCCGGGUCACCUGAUGGAACCACCUGGACAGGGUCGCAGUGUUUUGCACUGCACUAAAGAUGGACAGUGGAACCAAACCAAACCCAACUGUAAAGUGAUCCGAUGUGGACCUCCUCCUCAAGUACAAAAUGGGGAAAUCAAAGGAACGGACCUUACAUGGGGAUCAAGUGUUAGCUACAGUUGUUUCCAUGGUUACCAAUUGUCCUUGCCAGCUGUGUUGACCUGUGAGGGGAAUGGAACAUGGACUGGAGAUGUACCACAAUGUCUACCUAUGCUGUGUGGUGAUCCAGGCUCUCCUGGGAGCGGGUUCCGUGAAGGAAAUAUUUUUACUUACGGGUCAGAGGUCAGGUUCUACUGUCAUCCCCCGUACUUGUUGGUUGGCUCCGCCUCCAGAGUAUGUCAAGCUGAUGGCAUUUGGAGCGGCCAGCAACCUGCCUGCAUAGACCCUGCAUUUAACACCUGCCGUGACCCAGGAACACCAGCUUACGGUAUCCCAGUUCAAGCCCUGGGUCUUCAGGUUGGAAGUAAGGUUACAUUUAAGUGCCGUAAGAACUACCACAUCCUUGGUUCGACCACUAGAACGUGUUUAGAAAAUCUCACCUGGAGUGGCACACAACCUGAAUGUAUCGCCCACUCAUGCCGACAGCCCGAGACCCCCAGUAAUGUGGAUGUCCGCUCCAUGGACCUGCCAACUUUGGGAUAUACACUUAUCUACACCUGCCAAGAUGGUUUUUAUCUGGCAGGAGGAUCAGAACACAGAACAUGUAAAAGUGAUGGGAGAUGGUCAGGAAAACCACCACUGUGUAAAGUUGGAGUUAAAGUUAGUCCCAAAGGCCGAGGAGAAACAGACAUCCAGAAGAACAAAAUUCGAGUUCCAGUGGACGUGUUUUCCCCCAGCUCAGAAUGGAGAGGUUUCUAUGAGUAUCUGGGCAAGAGACAGGCCACCACAUUUUCAGUGACUGGGUUCAAUGCUAGCAGUGGAAGGGUUAACAUCACUUUACUGGAAACUAGUGGAGUGUCCAUCAGACUCUCAGGUACUUACAAGUCUGAGGAGAACCAGCUUCUACUAAAGGUCUAUCAAGUCAAAGGACCCACGGAGCAUUACUAUAGCAAGUUUAAGAACGACAACUGGGCCAUGGAUGGAUAUGUGACUGCAGAAUCUGACCAGAAAACAUUUGUUUACCAAGGGCAUAUUCACAGUAAAGACUUUGGUAAAUUCCACCUGACAAGGCAAGGUCCUGUAACCAUGGCAAUAGACCCAUCCAACCCUUACACAAACAGCAGUUCUGUGGCAGCUGCCAUCUUGGUUCCUUUCUUUGCCCUCAUCCUAUCGGGAUUCGCCUUCUACCUCUACAAGCACAGGACAUUGUCUGCUGACACAGAUGACAAUGAAAGACCAAAAGACACCUGGGGGCCUGGCGGCAGAACCCGUCCUAAGGUCCAGUUUAAUGGCUACGUGGGCCAUGAAAGCACCAAUGGUCAAGCAUCAUUUGAAAAUCCAAUGUACGACACCAACAUGAAACCCACUGAAGCGAAAGCUGUUCGUUUCGACACCACGCUCAAUACAGUCUGCACUGUGGUAUAG